GACCUCACCCACCAGCCGAACAAACAUGCUCAAGUUUGUCGUCCUUGCGGUGUGUGUGACCCUGGCCGCUGCCGGAGGCUAUGGGGGCGCUCAGAGCCACGCCAACGUCGAAAUCUACAACGCGUGGGGAGGUGCUAAAUACGGUGUGAAAAAUCAGCACGCAGUGAACGUAGGCGGGCACGGCGGUGGAAAGGGUUACGGCGGGGGAUACAGUAAAUUUGCCGGCGGAAACGCACAGAUCUACGCCGAAGGACACGGCUCUGGUGGAUCCGGAUACGGCUCUGGUGGAUCCGGAUACGGCUCUGGUGGAUCCGGAUACGGCUCUGUUGGAUCCGGAUACGGCGGUGGACAUGGUGGAUACGGCGGCGGACACGGCGGAUCCGGCGGUGGAUAUUCCUACAAGUACAGCGCCGAUGUCGGUCACGAUGGAUCCGGCGGAUCUGGCCAUGGGGGUGGACACGGCGGAUCCGGCUAUGGAGGCGGACACGGUGGAUCCGGUCACGGAUCCGGAUACGGCCACUAAGGUGAUUCCCGUCGCUGUAUGAGCUCGUGUUUGCAUGAUGCGGUAAUGGUUGUCCGUUGUGCUGUCGUGGUUUGAGCUGAGCGUCUAUAUAUGUUUGUGAGACGUAAUUGAUAAUACACUACGAGUGGAACGCCGAAA